AUGAUAAAAUUGGCUGUUUCUGACAGGAAAUUAGCCGAAAAGGCAAUUAAUUCACUAAUUCAUCAUUGUGAAACAGAUCCUAAAUUGUCACAAGAUAAAGAUAUCCAGGUCAUUAUAAAUACAGGUAAACGAAUGGGGAUCCCACGUGAUUAUAUCCCCAGAAUCAUUCCAUUAUCCUCUUGUAAGAUGUAUAAGCCAAAAGAUUUGAAGAUUCUGUUAAUUACUAAAGAUGCAGGUGGAUUAUAUAGGGAUAACCUUAUGAAAGAUGAUAUUAGUAACGAAUUAUUCAAAGAAAUCAUCAGUGUUAAGAACUUAAAACGUCGAUUUAAGGGGUCAAAAUUGAAGGGUCUUUAUAAAGAGUUCGAUCUUGUCGUGGCGGAUUAUAGAGUCCAUCAUCUGCUUCCCGGUGUUUUAGGUAAUAAAUUCUUCCACGGGAAUAAGAAAACACCAUUUAUGAUUCGAAUGUCUAAGGCAGUCAAAGUUAGACGUCAAAAGAUGGAAGAAGAAUGUGAUCCCGUGUAUGUAAGGGCCCAGUUGAGAAGUAUAUGUAAAAACACCAGCUAUAUACCUAAUAAUGACAAUUGUUUGAAUGUCAAGAUCGGCGAACUAGGGAGACACUCUGUGGAUGAAAUGAUACAGAAUAUUGUUGAUAUUGUAAUGUUUAUUACAGACAAGAAUAAGAAGCCCCAAGGUGGUGUGGUUAAAGGUGGGAUUGUUUCUAUGUUUGUAAAGACUAGUAAUAGUUCAAGUUUGCCAAUAUACGAAUCAGCAACAGCGGAUCACACCUUUGAUGAGGAACAAGAGUAUGCGAAAUUGGAGUUAUAA